GGGGGAAUGAGGUGUUUCCCUGUUUGUGACGGGCGUGAGGGAUGAAAACAGCUCAUCGGAUAUAACCGGCUCAGCUAACCACAGGGAUGCUGGUCAGGAUGCUCAAACUGCGAAUGCUCAAUGCAAUUGCACCAGCCUACUUCUACAUUGCUACAGUGGUCACCAUCAUUCUCCAUUUCUUCCUCUUCAUCCCAACUAUUUUCCAAGCCUCAGGUGUUACGCUGAGUCCCAUCGUGCUGCUCCCCACAGCCAUCUUCCUCUUCCUUAUGGUCAAUGCUCUCGGUAAUUACUCAAUGACUAUAUGGUUCCCAGCAGAGAGUGCCAACGAGAACAUUAUUCCAGUCUGUUCACCGGACUGUCCGGACAGAGUGGACGCGCACUACCUCCUCAACGGCCGGCACUUCUGCAAACUGUGUAAGAAAGUGAUUAUGAAACGGGACCACCACUGUUUCUUCACUGGAAACUGCAUUGGGAACAGGAACAUGCGCUACUUCAUCAUGUUCAGCAUAUACACCUCCUGUACUUGUCUGUACUCUCUGGUGCUUGGGGUGGCGUAUCUCACAGUGGAGUAUUCCAUCUCCUUCGAAAACCCACUGACGUUCCUCACACUUCUGCCCCUCUCCACUGGGUACUUCUUUCUUGGUACUAUCUCAGGCCUUCAGUUCUUCUUGGUCCUUAUGCUCUAUGUGUGGCUGGGCAUUGGGUUGGUCAGCGCUGGUUUCUGCUGCCAGCAAGUUUUGCUCGUGGCCCGUGGACAAACCUGGUGCCAGCUGCAGAAAGGGCAGCUGGUGGAGAGCCGAGGAACGUGGCGUUCCAAUUUGAGUGAUGUGUUUGGUUCCCGCUGGGUGCUGGGUCUUUUUCUGCCUGUACUGACGGUGGAGAUCACCCCUGGAAACUGGCAGAGAUACCAUGAGCACAAACAUGACUGACCUUGAAAUAUUACAGCCUUUGUGAUGAAGUACACAUUGUGUACUACAUCAGCCCUCCUACAUGAUCUGUCCAUCAGUA